AAGUGGGGAAGCAUCUUGAAAUUUAGAUAUGCAAAUUCAGCAAACUACAGAGGUUCAGUGUUUUGCAUAAAUCGCUGGGAUGAAAAAAUGCUGUGUAUUAACUGAGUGCAGUUUUCCCAACUCUUGAUCAAGCAUAAAUACAAGCUGUCAGCCACGCAUAAUGUAAAUUAAAGUCUAUCGAAAUGUGGGAGCUUUAAUAAAGUUUACCAUUCAACGUUGAACAGGAUAUGCUGCUCGGUUUCCAUAGUUACAGCAAGCAGAAACACUACGACGGUCACAGGUGUUGGGCAACUAGCAAGUGGCUAGCAGUAUUUUUUCCUCUUACUUGGGUUUUCGUUACGUUACCAAACGUUUGCUUCAACGAUGCUGACCGCUCCUGCUCAGAGAGUGUGUUUUGGGAGCUCAGUGGAGAGGAGGCUGUUUCCUCUCCAUUACGCGCCAGACCGGCUGGGGAACCAAAUGCCACAACAGGGACCGCCACAUGUCGGCCCGGGAAGCUAUGACAACCACGAGUUUGGCACCAUACUUUAUGACAUACAGAAGACACCUGGGAGUAAGAAAGGAUAUAGUCUCUCUGCAAGGACUGCUGUGCGUUUUCCGCCUUGUAACAAGGCAGUGACCCCUUCACCGUGGCAGUACCAGCAGGAUCAAAGUGGUUCUAGGGUCUCUGCUCCUGGCAAAAUACCUUUCAACUCAAUAGCACAGAGGUUCAAAAGCACACCGUGUACAUCUGAGAGGAGUCCAGGCCCUGGGACGUAUGCCCACGACGGAGUGACAAACAGGAAAGUGAGCUGGCCCAUGUGCUUUGGGAGACCGGACUGGUCCAGCCUGCCUCAAAUAUGCAAGAAGUCACUCAGGGUGAAGCUUGCCAGUGAAAAGGAGUACAUUAAACAGAGGAACAGAGUGGCCUACCUGAGUUUGUAUUAUUAACCCUGAAGGUCAUACAUGGAAACCUAUCGUGACACUGGCGAAGAUGUUGGUUUUUUUGUUCUUUUUUUA